GGUUUCCUCUUCCGCUGCUGCCGCUUUAUCGACCACAGAUAAUCGAUAGUGAUCAGCAGCAUCGAUGCGGCGCGGCUGCAGGCUGCAGGUGUUCGCAGGUGUUCGCGGGGAUUUCACUCGUUCGUCAGAUCUGCGCGGUGAGAGAACAGGACCCCGGGUCCUGGUCCGUCCCCCGGGUCCUGGUCCGCCCCCCUUCUGUCUGUGCGAAGUGAAAGUGAAGCCGCUUCGCUCCUCAGCGGGAACGUCGGCAGUCUGAAGCUGAUCAGAGGGUCAAACUCGAGCUGGUCCAGGUGGAAACGGUCGUUUCAGGUGUUCGGAAGCUGUAAAACGGUCCUCAGUCGCCCUCCUGCAGACUCAUGGCAGCAGCAGACACGAAGCUGGGAGGAUCGAAGGAGUCCAGUUUGCAGUCUGAGGAGUCUGUGAGGUCUGAGGAGUCCAGGCUAUGGUCAGAGGAGUCCAGGAUGAGGUCUACAGGCCCCGUGGGGUCCUGGGAGUCGGAACUGACGUCCAUCCAGCACUCCCUGAAGUUUGUGUCGACGCUGAAGGAGGAGUUUGUUUGUCCCGUCUGCAGAGGAGUCGUGCUCAACCCUCAGCAGAACUCCUGUGGACACAUCUACUGCUUCCGCUGUCUCCAAGGACUGCUGGACAGCUCCUCACCGGCCGGUCCAGUGUGUCCAGUGGACGGAGCUGUGAUCAAAGCAGCCGAGGUUUUCCAGGACAACUGCUGCAAACGAGAAAUCUCCAAUUUAGAAGUGUACUGCACCAACUUCCCAGCAUGCACCUCUGUGGUCACAUUACAGCAUCUGCAGGAGCACCUGAGGUCGUGUCAGUAUGAGCAGCUGCAGUGCUGCAAUCCAGGCUGCAGGGUGGUGCUACAGAGGAGAUAUCUGCAGGAACACCUGACCAACACCUGUCCUCACCGCACGGAGCCCUGCCCGCACUGCCAGCAGCCGCACCGGCUCAGCCUCAUCCAGGAUCAUGUGCAGAACUCCUGUCCAGAGGUGGAGGUGGACUGUCCCAACAGCUGCUCCCAGAAGGUUCCCAGACACAAGCUGACGGAGCACCAGGAGUCGUGUCCGGAGGUUCACACCGACUGUUUGUAUAAGAGGUUCGGCUGCUGCGUGCAGGGUAAGAGGGGGAAAGUAAAGCUGCAUGAAGACGCUGCUGUCAGCCAUCACAUGCUGCUCGUCCUGAGCAGCAACACUCACCUGGAACAACAGGUGGAGGUUCUCCAGGAGGAGGCGCUGCUGAGGCAGCAGGAGGUCCAGACGGACAGUUUAGUUUUCGCCGGUUUGCAGAAGGAAAUCAGACUCCUGCUGCAGCAAAACAGCAGCCACGAACACCUCGUCUCCACGGCUCAGAGGACUCUGAGCAGGCAGGAGGACAUCCUGUCCACCAUCCAACUGGAAGUCGGGCAGGUGUCUCGGGGUCUCGGCCCCGGCCUGGAGGAGCUGGAGCAGCUGAGGAAGUCUCUGGAUUCUGUGAUCGAGGAAGUGUCAGCAACCGAGGCCCUCAAGAAACACCUGGGAGCUUUGGAGGAGAAUCUGAAGCACCAGUCGGGUCUCCUGGACCUUCACGCCGGUCAGCUCAGUCGUAACAAGCAGCACCUGCAGGAGCUCGAGGCCACGUCCUACGACGGCAAACUCAUCUGGAAGAUCAAGGACUUCAGGGACAGGAGGAAAGCCGAGGUCAGAGGUCAGCCGCCUUGUCUGAGCAGCGUGCCGUUCCACACUGGCCGUUGCGGCUACAAAAUGGCCGCCAAGGUCUACCUGAACGGGGACGGGGAGGGAAGAGGGACUCACCUGUCCCUGUAUGUUGUCCUGAUGCCGGGAGACUUCGAUGCUCUGCUGCCGUGGCCCUUCAGACAGACCGUGUCUCUGUCUGUACUGGAUCAAAGCGGUGCCGGCAACCACCAGAGCCUCAGCUUCAGACCCGAUCCGGCGUCCAAAAGCUUCCAACGACCCGGCGCAGAGUCCGUCAGCAACGUCGCUGUCGGGUUUUCAUGCUUCAUUCCCCUCAACAGGCUGGAAACUCCCCAGAACGCCGUGUACGUCAACGACGACACGCUGUUUGUCAAAGUGAAGGUGGACAUGGUCGGUUUAGAGUGGCUGUGAGAGUUCGUCUGCACAUCAACAUGCGUGGACGAUUCUGUUUUACAAGGUCGCCAUCUGGUGGUCAUUUCAGGAAGUACAACAACACAGACUGAUAGUUUCACUGUGGUCGAUGUAUUUUUUACCAAAACAUCAUCAAAAAACUGAAAAGAAGUAAAACAAAAAUCUCCUCUUGGUGACUUUAAAGGGGAAAGUUUGGCACUUUCUUUCUCUCUGAGAGUCACAUGUUCAGGUUGAUCCCACUCUGAUGUGAUUUUUACCAAAGUACUGAACAUUUCCUUUAAGCUUCAGGAUCAUCUCAGGGAUCAUUUGAUGCGCUCUGACUCACAGAUACCGACUGUGGUUGCUAAUAAUUAUUUCAUGCCCAUUAUCUUAAGAUGGUUAAUGACCUGAUUAUAACUGUGGGGGCUCAGAUCAAGUGAUUUGAGUCUGAUUCAAGAUUCAGUGAUUCGGUUAUUUAUGGAUGUGAUGAUUAUCUUUAUCUCAAGUUAACAAUUAAGUCUAUGGAGGAAACAUUUGCACUGAAAACAUUGUUUGUUAUUUAAAGGGGAUGAUGAACAAACAAGCUGCUGAAGUCCA